CACUUCCUGUACUCCACCGCACCUCACCCGGAUGUUUGAGUUUGAAUUUUGGAAACACAAUUUUCAUUGGAGCAGCUGAAUGAAUGUGUACGAAGAGUCAGAUUCGAAAUAGUUGGGGUCUAUUUAAAAGCAAGAAAUAGUCGCUGGUGAACCAUUCUCUUAUUUAGCAUCUACUGUAUCUCGCUUGCUUAACAAUGAAAAAAAACAAACGUGCAGAAGUGGAGAACAUUCAGAACCAGCCUUGUGUUUUCUGUAAACUGCCUGAUGACUGUCCAGAAAAGUAUGGGGAGAAGAAGACUUGCUUAAAGCACAACAUUACACUUCAUUAUUUCUGCCUGCUUAUGUCCAGUGGUGUCUAUCAACGUGGUGAAGAAAAUGAAGGGAUCUGUGGAUUUUUAGUUGAAGACAUACAAAAGGAGAUCAAUAGAUCUUCUAAAUUGGCUUGUCAUUUUUGCAAGAAGAGAGGAGCGUCUGUUGGAUGUUCGGUUAAAGAGUGUCGAAAGAGCUUCCAUUUCCCUUGUGGAUUAAAGAAAGAGUGCAUUUUCCAGUUUACAGAAAUGUUUCCGUCAUUCUGCUGGAUCCACAGGCCUGUUCAGAGCACAGCAGUGUCAAACAGGUUGAGUGGUCCAUACUCCUGUACCAUAUGCCUGGAAUUCAUUGAGCCAGCCUUGUCUUACAGUGUUUUGAAAUGUCCCUGUUGUAACAGUAGCUGUUUCCACAGGGACUGUGUACAGCAUCAGGCCUAUAGUGCUGGAAUGUUCUUUUUUAGGUGCACUAUAUGCAACAACAAAGACAAGUUUCAGCAAGAGAUGCUCAGGAUGGGUAUAUACAUCCCAGAGAGGGAUGCCUCCUGGGAGCUAGAGGAAAAUGCAUAUAGUGAACUCUUGCAAUCCUAUCAACACUGCGAUGUCCGUCACUGUUUUUGCAGAAAAGGAAGAGAAUACAGUCAGCCCGACAGCAAGUGGGAGAUUGUAAGGUGCCAGUACUGUGGUUCCAGAGGAACUCAUCGAUCCUGCUCUUCUCUAAAAAGGUUGCAAGAAAAUUGGGUGUGCACAGAAUGCAGAGCCAUCAUUCACAAAACAGGGACUUUACAAAGGACCAGUGUUAGUUCGUUGGCCUCUUCCCCAAUGAAGAAUGAAACCGCAAAGCAAUUAUUAAAACGUUCUCCAAAAGGGUCAAGACUUUCGGCCCCUUACCACAGGGAUAUUCCGAGCAGGCAAUCAUUACAGACAUUACCAACUAUGGAGAUUUUAAAGGAACUAGAAGUGCAGAUUAACACACUUGAAUUCACAAGAUUUACCAUCAACAAAGAAGAUGUCUUUAGGGGUGCCUUGUGCGCUUUGAGGCGUAAAGGGUUUGAUCCCCACCAUCUAAUUGCUGUGAAGUUUACAAACACAAGAACCAGUUUUGAAAUUGUGGCAAACAAUCAUGGACAGAGGAGGGAAUUUCUACGUCUACUGAUACAUAAACUCGAAAAUUCCUCACUAUUUGAGGGCUCUUGUAGUAAGAACUUAGCACUGGACCCUCAAGCUGUGAGGGAGGAUCUGUACUAUGAUGCUGGACGGAUGAUUGGACUGUCCCUCGUACACGGUGGCCCUGCUCCUGGGUUCUUCUCAAAAAUGCUCUUUAAUUGCGUGCUGUACGGACCAGAAAAUAUUGUACCCACCCUUGAGGACCUGGCUGAUGCAUGUGCCAAACAAAAGGUCAAGAAGAUUGAAGAGGCAUUGACUCAGGAUGAGCUGCAAACCGCAAUUAAGGAAGCUUCUGAGUACCUGGCUGUAGCCGGAUGUUUAAGACCAGACUGGACUUUGUGUGACAAGGAAAUAUUGAUGAAAGACAUCCUGAACUUCCAUUUGAUUACACGAAUGCAUGUGCCCAUUCAGAGAUUCUGUGAAGGGCUAAAAAUCCUUGGCCUUUUGGAAAAAAUUCAGUUGUUCCCAGAAGCCUUCGCUGAAUUGUUUUGCCACAAACCACAAAAACUUACAUCAGCUAAACUUGGUGACCUUUUCACAGUCCACUAUUCUCUCGAUGGGAAUAGAAAGCUACGUGAGACUAAAGUUAUUGGCUUCUGGAGGCAAUACUUACAGGACUGUGAAGAUUCUGCAUGUCCUGUAUCUCUGGAGACCAUUCUUGUAUUUGCAACAGCAGCUGAUGCAGUUCCUCCCAUGGGCUUUGUCCCUGAACCUUCUAUAGAGUUUCUCCAUAGUCAAGGCCAGCUUCAAGAAAUGUUCCCACAAGGGGAGACAUCCUUCAAUAGCCUGAAACUGCCAAUAGUUCAAACUUACGAAGAAUUUAGAAGGAACAUGGACUACGCCAUCUGUUGCAGUAUAUAAAAUAGUAGAAAGAAUGUACUUUUCCCAUUUUUUCUAAAUGUUUGUCUGUGAAGUAUUUGUGAAAAUGUUCUAUCUGUAAAUAUUAUAUGUCUAGAAAUUGGGGGUGUCUUAGUAAUAGCCAUGAGAAAAAAAGUAACUUCCAGUGUACCCACUAACUUAUUGAAAAGGUGUGUCUUUUUACUUUUAUUUGGUCAAUAUCUUAAGUAUAGAGAAAAUGUUACAUGUGCAUGCUGUACAUUUCACUGUUUGUAAGCCUGAAUGAAUGAUACUUAAAAUCAAUGACCAUAAUUAUAAAUAAUUAAAAGAAAAAUGUUUAAAGUGUGGCGGGAGAGGCUUUUUGAAAUAACUGUCUGUUUGUGCUUUUCUAAAAGCUACUUUUAUUUCUACUCCCCAGAAAUUACUGUGAAAAACAAUUAUUCAUAUUAUAAUUGAUUUCAGUGUAUUGGCAGUAUCUUUUCAUUGCAAUCAAAAUAAUUACUUAGCUGGAUGUCUCAAAUCUCAUUUUGCACAAAUCUCAGUUAAUUUUAUUUAGGUUUUAUAUUUAUUUACUGUAUAUUUCUUUUUUCUUUUUUGUUUAUUUUUUUAAAUGUACAUAAGUCAAGCUGCUCACACUAUGCUGAAGUCCAUUGCAGACAUUUAAGUGUGACAUACUAUAGGAUUCACUGGACACUUUAUUGUUUAAAGUUGUGUGCAAGUUUAUGUAAAUACAGCCCUCAAAUGAUUGUAGUAGUCACUUAUUAAGGAUUUUUAGGAGGCCGGUACCCUCUAGUUUUAUUUACUGUUCAACAUUUAAAGAAACAUGAUUGUAUCAAUGAGAAAGCUAUCCUUCUUUGUGUGUUUACUGGCAUUCUUCUAAGUGUGUGCACCUCAUUACAAAAUAAAAAGCAUAUUUGUGCAUUUCUCAGUUCUUGACUUUCUUUGAACCUACAACCCCCAAAGUUUAUAAUUACUGUAGUGCCAAACAUGGCCUAAUAGAAACAGUGGGUGUCAGGCAUGCCACAAUG